AUGUCGGGUGUAACACAAGAAUAUAUUUUCACUCAAUACAAAGGCUUUGAUUUCGGAUUUUUUGCAACAUUAAUACAAUUUAUUGUCUAUGCAGGUUUUGGUUAUUUUGGUUAUAGGAAAACAAAAACCUCUUCCUCCUCAGCUCAUUCCGAUGCUUUAUUACGAGUGAAUAGUACUUUAAAUUUUGAAGAUGAAAUUAAAUUCAUUUCGCCUUCAACUUUAUUACCAAUUAGUAGUAGUGGUAGUAGUAAUAAUAAUACAAAUAACAAUAAUUAUACAAUGAGCCAAAAUACUACUCAUCAAUACAAGAGUACAUUUAAUAGUAAUUAUAGCAAUAAUACAUUUAAUAAUUUUAAUACAAAUAUCAGUAAUAAUCAUACCUAUAAUAACAAUUAUAGUACUCAAUCAACUCAAUCAUCAUCAACAUUGAAAAAUUAUUUAAUAACAAUCUUUAAUUUAUUACAUUUUGAUAACAAACUACCAAUUAAAUAUUAUUUUAUAUUAGGAUCAUGUAUGGUAAUUGGUAUGGGGUUAGGAAAUCAAUCAUUAGCCUAUUUAAAUUAUCCAACUAAAGUUUUAUUUAAAAGUUCAAAACUUUUAAUUACAAUGUUUGUGGGUGUUUUACUUUUAAGGAAAAGAUACAAAACUUUGGAUUAUUUAGCGAGUAUUUUCUUACUUUUAGGAUUAUUUUCACUUGUUGGAGCAAAUCAACAUCAUUCUAUUAAUAGUGUUAAAUUUGAAUAUUUUGGAGUUUUCCUUAUUUCACUUUCUUUAAUUUUUGAUUCAAUUUCAUCAAAUUACAAGAGAAAGUACUAG